ACCAUGAACAGAAAUGAGAUGCCCAGCUUUGAAAAUCUGGCCAAACUGGCUUCACAGAAUAGGAACCUGCUCGGCCUCGGAAGACCUAACAAAGGGAUCACCUUUGUCACCAAUGGAUUGGUCAACAACCUCACCCCUUACGGAAUAGACAUCACCGCAAUGUGCAGUGGACUCACCACCUACAUGGCUUACGAAGUUCACGGACCCCAAGUGAAUCUGGGAUCAUGCGUUACACUCGAUGUCCUGAGAGUCGUGGAUCUGAAGUACUGCACUGGCAAUGGACAGUCUCAGCAGACGAAUCACAACUGCCAUUUCUCUGGUGGGUGUAUUUACCAAAAUAUGACCGUCAGUAGUCAAACACACGUGGCAAUUUUCGAGCAAAGGAGCAACCAGUUCUCAUGGAAAACCAUCUGGGAUUAUAACACGGGCAUCAUUGCAACCAAAGUGGUGCAAGAGAGAACAUGCUACAUUUCCACCAUGAACAGAAAUGUGGUGCCCAGCUUUGAUGCUCUCGUCAUAUACGCUUCAGAGAACAGGAACCAGGUCGGUUUUGGAAGACCUACCAAGAAGAUCACCUUUGUCACCAGUGGAUUGGUCAACAACCUCAGGAAUUACGGAAUAGACAUCACCGCUAUGUGCAGUGGACUCACCACCUACAUGGCUUAUGAAGUCCACGGUGAGUGCAAGCAUGGGAAUUCUCAGUGCUAUGGCAAUUCUCUCUCUAAGUGA